AUGAGUCAACACAAAACAGCCUCUAUAGGAAGCAGUGGCACGCUCACAAUGAGUGGCCCCCUCGUCGGAGCCACCGAGAAAACCAUCCGGUGCAGGAGAGCGGAGGCGAUGCAGCUGAUUCUUCGAGCUUUGUGCAUGGCAACCUCUGUUGUUUCUCUGUCGUUAAUGAUCACAGCCGAACAAAACAGCUCGGUUUCUAUCUAUGCCUUUCGUUUACCUGUCCAUUCCAAAUGGUCUUUCUCUCCAUCUUACGAAUUUGUUGUUGGGGUUUCUGUAGCCGUUGCAGCUCAUUCUUUGCUGCAACUACUCAUUGGAACAUCAAGGUUUCUUAGGGCUUCUUCUGUGAUUCCUUCAAGAAACCACGCAUGGGUUCUUUUCGCCGGUGAUCAGGCUUUUGCUUAUGCAUUGAUGAGUGCUGGAUCUGCUGCAUCAGGAGUAACGAAUCUGAAUCGGACAGGAAUUAGACAUACACCUCUUCCAAAUUUUUGCAAACCUUUGCAAAAGUUUUGUGACCAUGUUGCCAUCUCAAUAGCUUUCACUUUCAUCAGCUGUUUCUUGCUUGCCACGUCUGCUGUCCAUGAUGUAAUAUGGCUCACUCAACACUGA